AUGAGAUUUUGUUGUUUACUAUUGUGUAUUAUCCUUUAUGAUUUUGUGCCUUCACAAUCUAAGUUAUUUACAAAUACUGCAUCAGUUCAAACUCAAUACUUGCAAGAUUCUGAACAGUCUGAGAAAUCUUCAGAAGGUUCCGGCAGUUUGGAGCCGAAAAUGGCUGAAACACACACUGUAGAGAAGAAUAAGGUACACACUGACAUUCAACUGUGUUCAAUGGUCUGCGGUAGGCCAAUCGAUCGAAUCAUUGCAAUUUUAGGCACUUAUUGCUGCCAAGCUUUGGUCAUUAACGCUCUGUUUUUGGUCCUAUCGAACAUUGCUCAGUGGAUUCAGAGGGAGUUCAACGUAGAUACUUCCUCUUUAUUUAGUGGAAAGUUUUACGGACUCCUCACUGUCACCUUCGGGAGUUAUGUGUCAUAUAAAGUUUCAGAACUGCUGGUUGACGCAAUUUUAAUAGCGUUCAAGGAUAGCGUUUUGGCCCAUAGGAUGAGGGAGGUGAUUGACCCCUCUAAGUCGAGUCUGGCUUGCAUAAACGUGCCUAUACUGCUUCUUUAUAGGUGCUCCAAAUACUUGCACAAUCGGCUUCCUCCGAAUCUGGCAUCGCUGGACAUCCAUAUUAAAAAUCAGCUGCUCGGAUCUGGCGGCGCUGAGGAUGACGUGAAUGAGGACUUGCGGAUAUCACUCAAGUCGCCGAGUCCAAAUAGGGGCAGGUUUAAGAGGGAGUUGGCAGUAAUUUCGGGAUAUGGGCUGGGCACCUUUCUACUUCUUGGCGGAAGUCUACACUCGUUCACUCCGAGUGAAUUAUCGCAUCCCGGUGCCUACGCAAUGCCCAAACUCUCUCUCAAGGCGGACGGCUACGGGUACGCCAACACUUUUCAGAAGGGAGUAAUUCAAGCCAUUGGUAAAAAAUAUGGGUGUCACACCUGUGGCAUGAUUUCUGACACCGAGAGGUAUAUCGCAGAUCAUCAGCCGCCUUCGGGCGUGGUUAAAAGAAAGUUGAGCGGCAAAUAUAUAUCGUUUCUGCUGAGGCACCGGCUUAUACCAAUUCACCUGGUUAAGCCAGAACAGCACUUCUACCCUCAGUGCAACAAGUGUUCCAUCAAGCAGGCUGCGGCGGUUGCCAAAAACAGACGUGAAAGCGUUACACAUUUCGGAAGGUUCCGAGCUUACCACUUGUGCCCGACCACGUUCUUCGUUUCAAGGUUUUAA